UCAAUUAGAGUUUGAUGCUAACGAACCCUUCCCGCGUCUUUGUCCAUGGGAGAAAGAUCUGGAAAAGGCCCGACAUCUGGUUCAGAUCGGGGGAUAAUUGCAGGUUGAGAGUGGGUGGGUUUUUUCCUUCCGGAACUUUCCAAGCUGGAUGCGAUGUCCUCGCACACAUGUGGUCCCAAUUAGGGCUGGUCGGAUGGAAAGGGCAGCUGCUACUAAUUAUGGGCUCAUUAGGGGUGGGAACAUCCCUAGGUCCUCCAACAACCCUGAGUCCUCCAAGGUCCCCGAGACCUCUAAGGUCCCCAGCUCCUCCAACAACCCCGAGUCCUCCAAGAUCCCCAAGACCUCCAUGGUCCCCAGGUCCUCCAACAAUGCCAUGUCCUCCAAGAACCCCAAGACCCCUGAGUCCUCCAAGGUCCUUAAGUCCUCCAACAACCCCAAAACCUCCAAGGUCCCCAAGUCCUCCAGCUACCCAGAGUCCUAAAAUAUCCUGAAGUCCUCCAAGAUCCCCAAGACCUCCAUGUUGCCCAGGUCCUCCAGCAACCCCAAGUCUUCCAAGAUCCCAAAGACCUCCAGAGUCCUCAAGUCCUCCAAUAACCCCAAGUCCUCCAAGAUCCUUAAGUCCUCCAGCAACCCCAAGUCUUCCAUCAACCCAAGAUCUCCAACAACCCCAUGUCCUCCAAAAACCCCAAGAUCUCCAGGAUCCCCAAGUCCUCCAAGGUCACCAAGUUUACCAACAACUCCAAGUCUUCCAACAGUCCCGAGACCUCCAAGAUCCCCUGGUUCUCCAAGAACUUGAAGUCCUCCAAGAUCCCCAGUAUCCCCAAGUCCUCUGAGACCUCCAAGACCCCAAGUCCUCCAGCAAUCCCAAGAACUCCAAGGUCUCCAAGUCCUCCAACAAACCCAAAUCCUGCAAGACCUCAAGUCCUCCAAAAAACUCCAAGUCCUCCAAAAAACCCCAAUUCCUCCAACAAUCCCAAGUCCUCCAACAAACCAGAGUCCUCCAAGAUCCUAAGACCUCCAGAGUCCUCAAGUUCUCCAACAGCCCCAAGUCCUCCAUCGUCCUUAAGUCCUCCAGGACACCCAAGUCCUCCAAGAACCCCAAGACCCCCGAGUCCUCCAAGACCCCAAGUCCUCCAAGGUCCUCAAGAUCUUCCAAGAUCCCAAGACUUCCAAGGUCACCAAGUCCUCCAAGAACCCCAAAUUCUCCAAGACCCCAAGUCCUCCAAGGUCCCCAGGAGCUCCAAUAACCCCAAGACCUCCAGCAACCUCGAGUCCUCCAACAACCACAAGUCCUCCAAGAUUCUUAAGUCCUCCACAAACCUCAAGUCCUCCAGGACCACCAUGUUCUCAAACAACCCCAAGUCCUCCAAGAUCCCCAAGACCUCCAACUACCCCAAAUCCUCCAAGACCCCAAGUCUUCCAACGUCCCCAACACCUACAGCAGCCCCAACACCUCCAGCAACCCCAAGUCCUCCACCAACCUCGAGUCCUGCAUGAGCCUCAAGUCCUCUAGGACCUCCAUGUCCUCCAACAAACCUGAGUCCUCCAAGAUCCUUAAGUCCUCCAAGACCCCCAAAUCCU